CCAAUAAAAUUAUUUUCUAAAAUUUAUUACUAUAAUUUCUUUGUGGAAAUUAUUACUAAACUUUCUAUCGCUUUUCUAUUAAAAAUUUUCCUGAUGAAGCUAGUCUUGACAAAACCAUGCCCUCUAUAUAUGGUAGCGGCUUCCAAGCACCAGAGACUGCAACCAUAUACCUUACACACCAUGGAACCGCAGCUGACAAAGCUAGGCGGCUCCCUCUCUGUGCCUUGUGUUCAAGAGCUAGCGAAACAGCCACUCGUCGAACUUCCCCCACGGUAUAUCCGCACUGACGAAGAUCCACCCUUUGUAGCUGACACACUUUCUUUGCCCCAUGUUCCAGUCAUAGACCUAAAAAAGUUACCCUCCGAGGAUGUCGAGAUGGAGAGAUUUCACACUGCAUGCAAAGAUUGGGGAUUCUUCCAGUUGGUUAAUCAUGGAGUAUGUAAUGAAUUGGUGGAAAAGGUGAAGUUGGAGAUCAAAGAAUUCUUUGAUCUUCCGAUGGAAGAGAAGAAGAAGUUCUGGCAACACCCAGGGGAAUUGGAGGGCUUUGGACAGGCCUUUGUAGUGUCCGAGGAACAGAAGCUUAACUGGGGAGACCUGUUCUAUGUGGUCAGUCUACCUACUCAUCUCAGGAAACCUUACCUCUUUCCUAAGUUCCCUGCGCCACUCAGAGAAACCUUGGAAGCUUAUUCAGCAGAACUGAAAAACCUUGCCAUGAAAAUGCUUUACCUCAUGGCAAAGGCUCUAAGAAUGGACCCUAAAGACAUUGAAGACCUGUUUGAAGAAGGGUUUCAAUCUAUGAGGAUGAACUAUUAUCCACCAUGCCCACAGCCAGAGCGCGCUAUCGGCUUUAAUUCCCACUCAGAUGCCGUUGGCCUCACCAUCCUCUUACAGAUAAGUGAGGUAGAAGGCCUCCAGAUAAAGAAAGAUGGGAAGUGGAUUCCAGUAAAACCUCUCCCAAACGCAUUUGUCAUCAACAUUGGAGACAUUUUGGAGGUAAUGGAUAUUGAGACAGUCAUUUACACUCUAUUUCUGAUUGCCGGGCGAUCAUUAGCGACCACAUGUGGCUUUGCAGAUUGUUUCCAAUGGAAUAUACCGUAGCAUCGAGCACCGAGCUACUGUUAACUCAGAAAAGGAAAGGCUUUCUAUCGCCACAUUCUACGCCCCUAAACUUGACGGAGAUUUGGGUCCGGCACCAAGCCUUGUCACACCAGAAACUCCAGCACUGUUUAGAAGAAUAGGUGUUGCAGACUACUUCAAGGGGUUUUAUUCUCGGGAGCUGAGAGGAAAAUCUUAUGUGGAUGUCUUAAGGGUUCAAAAUCAACCGACUGUAUGCUCUGGGACACUCCAGAUCUAAGAGGAAGAACUUGGGCAACACCAUCAAUACCAGUCAAUAAAUGCCACUAGUAAAAUCCUGUCACUCAAGAAGUCACCAAAGGCGGCAAGGAAAGAAUAAUCUGCAUAUUUCCAUCUACACGUCUAGACUUUAUAUGUGUACAUGCUUCAGCUUACACUCGGUUGUUAACUUGUUAUUGACCCGAGUGCAAUAUUUUAUUUUUUAAAAAAUCAAAAAAUAAAAAGGUGAGCGCAUGUGCGUUCGGGUUUGGUGCGCAUAUAGCACUCCUCUCUAUAUACAUAACAUGUUAUCCAAGACUUUUGACCC